AUGGCGGGCGAGCCUCCCCCGGUGGAGGAGCGGCGGCGGCUGCAGGAGGAUCUGGCCGGCUUCGUGGAGAGCUGCGGGCGGACGCUGGAGGAGGUGACGUCGUCCCUGGGCUGGAGCCUGGAUCUGCUGGACCCCGGGGAGGAGGCGGCGGCCGAGGAUGAAGUUGUGAUAUGCCCUUACGAUUUCAAUCAUCACAUGCCUAAAUCAUCUUUAGCAAAGCACAUGGUAUCAUGUAGAUUGAGGAAACUUGGGUACACCAAAGAAGAAGAGGAUAAAAUGUAUAAUUCUGAGUUUUUCUAUGAGAAUAUGAAGAUACCUUCCAUCACUUUGAAUAAGGACUCACAAACCCAGAUAAUUAAACAAGCUAGAACUGCAGUUGGAAAAGAUGAUGACUAUUAUAAUCAAAGGAUUUAUUCUUCCUUACCUGUCGAAGUUCCUCUGAAUCACAAACGAUUUGUUUGUGAUCUGACCCAAGCUGAUCGUCUUGCCCUCUAUGAUUUUGUAAUUGAGGAAACAAAGAAAAAGCGCUCUGAUUCCCAAAUUAUCGAAAAUGACAGUGAUCUCUUUGUAGACUUGGCUGCAAAAGUCAAUCAAGAUAACAGUCGAAAAAGUCCAAAGUCUUACCUUGAAAUCUUGGCAGAAGUGAGGGAUUAUAAAAGAAGACGUCAGUCCUAUAGAGCUAAGAAUGUUCACAUUACCAAGAAAUCAUAUACUGAGGUGAUUCGGGAUGUGAUAAAUGUGCACAUGGAAGAACUCACUAAUAAUUGGCAAGAAGAGCAGGAAAAAGCACAGGAUGAUGCUGAAAAGAGACGAGAAAGGCGAUCAGCUUCAGUAGAUUCACGGCAGUCUGGUGGAAGCUAUUUGGAUGCUGAGUGUUCACGGCAUAGAAGGGAUCGGAGUAGGAGCCCACAUAAACGAAAAAGAAAUAAAGAUAAAGAUAAAAAUUGGGACUCAAGAAGGAGGAAAGAGAGGGAUGGGGAAAGACAUCAUAGUCAUAAAAGAAGAAAGCAAAAAGUAUAA